GAGAGAGAGAGAGAGCACGGAUUUGGGCAGGACUGUGGUUACCCAGCUUUUCCUUCGGUGACUACACCCCGAGAGGAGGAGCGUAGUGUGCAGCGUAGUAGGCGUCAGGAUCCUCAAUUUCCAACUUAGCAUCUUGGCAGGACAUUUUCCCAAGCAAAGCCCCCGUCCGACGGCUAAAAAAAAUAAAAUAAAAAUAAAAACUUCAGCACGGGCAUGUGAGCGACGCGGCAAGUGACGGGGCGGCAGGAGGAAAAAAAGAAAAAAAAAAUCAAACUGAGGCAAAACAUCUGACGGACAGUGGCUCAAAAUAAGACCAACACCUCAGCGUGCUUUUUCCUAAGUCCCCUCUCUCUUCUGCCGUUGCCAUUUAGCGGGACGCACAGACGGCGGCUCCGCAGGCGCGAGGCUCUAUGCGCUCUGACAGCAGCGCGUGAGAAAUCCAAAAAGGGGAGAAAAGUGCGCAAAUUAAGUGGUUUGACUCUCGGGACUCCAGCAUGGCGUAUCCCCAGGGCUACUUGUACCAACCGUCCGCUUCUUUGGCGCUGUAUUCGUGCCCUGCGUACAGCACCAGCGUCAUAUCGGGACCCAGGACCGAGGAACUUGGGAGAUCCUCUUCGGGAUCAGCCUUUGCGCCCUAUGCCGGAUCUACCGCCUUCACCAGCGCCUCGCCGGGCUACAACUCCCAUCUGCCGUACAGCGCGGACGCGGCAGCGGCUGCCACGUUCACCUCGUACGUGAGUUCGCCCUAUGACCACACCACGGGUAUGGCUGGCUCCAUAGGGUACCACCCUUACGCUGCACCGUUGGGCACCUACCCUUACGGUGACCCGGCGUACCGCAAAAACGCAACCCGGGACGCCACCGCCACCCUGAAGGCCUGGCUGAACGAGCACCGCAAGAACCCUUACCCGACCAAGGGCGAAAAGAUCAUGUUGGCCAUCAUCACCAAGAUGACCCUGACGCAGGUGUCCACCUGGUUCGCCAACGCCAGGAGGAGGCUAAAGAAGGAGAACAAGAUGACGUGGACCCCGCGGAACCGGAGCGAAGACGAGGAGGAGGACGAGAAUAUCGAUUUGGAGAAAAACGACGACGACGAGCCGAAUAAGCCCGCAGACAAGGGAGACUCCACAGACACAGAAGCAGAUCACAAGCUGCUGAACCCAGGGGACUGUGACAGAUUUAAAGAGGAGAACCGCGGCAAAGACUCGGACCCGCUUCUGAGCGACUCGGAGUUAAAAGACCCAGAGGAGCGGACUACGGAGUUGCUGCCGGAUUCCACCAAACCGACCACUUCGUCCCCCUCUGUGGUGCCCCGGGGGAUCCCAUCCGGUGCGCAACAACAAGACAAGCCGUCAGAUUUGAGCCACGCGCCCGGUGCCGUCACCACCAACGUGACCUCUGUUAUCCACUCGCCCCCCUCGGCCCCUAAACCCAAACUGUGGUCUCUGGCGGAGAUUGCCACCUCCUCCGACAGGUGUAAGGGCAGCAGCGAUGCGCCACAGGCGCUCGGCCAGAGCGCAGUGAUGGUUACCGGCGCGUCUCCAUCACGUUCAUCCCCUCAGUGCGUGCUCCCGAACAGCACGGUCCUCUCCAGGCCUCUGUACUACACCUCCCCUUUCUACACCGGCUACACGAACUAUGGUGGCACUUUUGGACAUCUCCACAGUAACCACGGCUCCGUGUCCACAGGCUCCACGGCACAUUUCAAUGGAUUAAACCAGACUGUGUUAAAUAGAGCAGAGGCUUUGGUCAGAGAAAGCCAGAAAGUCAGAGGCCAAACGCAGGUAGAUGUGUGUAAAGACUCUCCUUAUGAACUAAAGAAAGGUAUGUCAAACAUUUGAUUCUUUUUCAGCCGCCGCGGACUUUUAUUUAUUUUAUUUUUGUGGUUGCAUAAAAAAAGAAAAAAAAAUGACAAAGGAAAAUGUGAGAACACUUAUUUUUAAAUGCUUAUCUUCAAAAUUUUAGUUUCUGAAUCCUAAAAUGUAACAAAAAUAUGGUCUUAAUCGCUGCAGCCGCAAGUCUAUUUGUAUUAAAGACUAACAUGUAUAUUUAAUGUAGCGUUUUUGUAUUUAAAAAUGGACAACACACUAUCUUUGAAGUAAAUUAUGGAAGAAAA